AUGCCGCGCAGGCAUGCUACUGCAACGCAUUUUGAGAACUUGGCCACACAUCAUUGGAAAUACGAUUACAAGAUAUAUGACGAGCCAAGCCUCAGAAUCGACCUUUGGGCCUACAUUCAACUACACACAUUCACCUCUGCACGUCUUUCGGAUUACUCAGAGUCCUCAGCAAGGCGUGGUAGUGGCGUGGGUCUGUACUUCAAGGAUGUCACAUUCGGAGUGUUCAAAAACGAAGCUGGGGACCCUGAGUUCACAAUGGAGUGUCAGAAACAGCUUAAAGGAAAGCAAUGGGAUCCCCAGAAACGAACAAAGUCAAGUUUGCAUGAGGGAUAUCAAUCAGAAAAGAGGCCUCUGUGGCUCAACCCCAUGCUGUUUUUUGUGGCGAAGUUUAUUGCUCUCGGGGCGUUCAGCGAGUACAAGACGAUUGACGACAUACUCGCGAUUUCACCGCCGCAGAGAAGCAAGCUCAAAGUUCUCAAAUGGUCGAAAUCGCUGACUAGUCGUCCUGUGUUUUCCACACGAAAUGGAAAGAUUCGAUCCAGUAGCGCUCUCAGCAAUCAGCUCCGUGAACUGGGUCACCGAGCAGGAUACGCCGAGCCACCCAGAUUUCAUGACCUUCGCGCUGCAAACCUUCAUAACAUUGACCGAAACUCGGCAUACACCGACACACAAAGAAUGAUUCAAGCAGGGCAUGACGACCCGCUAAUGCACCGAGAGUUUUACGCCUCAGUCAACCCUGGUAUCGAUGGUCAAGGUACCUAUUUGGGCAAUCCGGUUCGGAGUCUAGGAGACACAUUUCGAGACUUGGAAAUUGUGUUCAAUCCUAACCAGCCUGGAACACUUCCCGCAGCAGAAUUGGAGGCAGUGAUGGAGAAAUGGGGCGAGUAA